AUGUCGGGCAAGAAAUUCGAGUUGACGGCUCAACUUCCCCCACGACCAGUUCCACAACAUCAAAAUUCUACAUUAUCUCGAGAAUCGAAUUCCAGCAAACUAUCGGAUGAUGAAGAGAAAAAGUUGUCCACAGACAUGCGCGAAUUGUAUGAUCGAUUAUUACCAACGGCUGAGACUGAUGAGAGGAGGAGGAAGCUAGUACUAAAGCUAGAAGAUAUGUUUAACAAAGAGUGGCCUGGGCACGACAUACGGGUACAUGUUUUUGGGUCAUCUGGCAAUUUGCUUUGCACAGAUGAGUCUGAUGUUGAUAUUUGCAUAACGACAGACUGGAAGGCGAUGGAGGGUGUGUGCAUGAUUGCCGAAUUGCUUGCAAAGAAUGGUAUGCAAAAGGUAAUAUGUGUAUCAACUGCCAAGGUUCCAAUUGUCAAAAUAUUUGAUCCAGAUCUCAAACUGUUUUGUGACAUGAAUGUCAACAACACUCUUGCCCUCGAGAACACCCGAAUGAUAAAGACGUAUAUUGAGAUCGAUCCCCGGGUGAGGCCCUUGGCUAUGAUCAUUAAGCACUGGACAAAGUCAAGGGUCAUCAAUGAUGCUGCAUUCGGUGGCACACUGAGUUCAUAUACCUGGAUAUGCAUGAUCAUCAAUUUUCUACAAAGUCGAGAACCUCCUGUGCUGCCAGCUCUACAUCAAAGACCUCACCUCAAGCUACCAACGAAGGAAGGCGGCGAGAGCAGCUUCGCAGACGACGUUGACGCCUUGAAGGAGUUUGGUCUGAAGAACAAGUCGACAUUGGGAGAACUUCUGUUCCAGUUUUUUCGAUUUUACGGGCACGAAUUCGAUUAUGACAAGCAGGUUGUCUCGGUCCGAAGUGGAAAGCAAAUAUCGAAGCAGGAGAAGGGAUGGUCGAUAUCAACGAAUAAUAUGUUGUGCGUGGAGGAGCCAUUCAACGUCGGUCGCAAUCUUGGGAAUACAGCAGACGAUUUCUCAUUCCGUGGACUUCACAUGGAAAUGAGGAGGGCAUUCGAUCUGAUAUCUGUCGGUAAACUGGAUGAGUGCUGUGAAAAGUUCCAGUUUCCAAAAGAGGAGGAGCGAGUUUGGGAGAAGCCACCUCCAUCUAAGAAACCAACCUUGACUGCUAGUCACCCGCCGCAUAGAUCUGGUAGAGGAGGCCACCGUGGUGGACGUAAUAACCAUUCCAAUCGCAAUUCGUCAGGUGGUAGCCGCAGGUCAUCGAAUAGCAAUUAUGAUCAUCCCAUUUACCAGCAGCAUGGGAUGCCAUCAAAUAUAUCUACACAAGAACAAUGGGUUCAGCAACAAGCGCAAGCACAGUUGCACAAUCAUCUUUAUACGACAUAUUCGGUUUUACAGGCGCAAGAAAAUACCUUAAGAAUGCAAUUGAUGCAACAAUCGUAUGCAGAGCAGGCCCAUGCUCAAGCUCAGGCUCAAGCACAGGCUCAAGCAUAUGCACAGUCACAUGGUCGAAUGCAAAGUGGUGGCAUGCCGAUCAAGCAACAACCUAGUGAUCGAAGCCGACCCUCCUUAUUUGAUCAAGGGCCAUUAACCGCGCCUAUACGACCAGAAGGUAUGUAUUUCUACCCUCUUCAAUAUGCCGGGCAACAAAUGUAUGCAUACCCAACCUCAAAUACGAACCCAUCGUCACCGCAGUUGAGUGCUGUCACUCCUGAGUUGAGAAGAAGUAUGCAUCGAUCCACCGUCACAAAUGGCUCGAAUUCCAACAUGAUUCAAUCGAAUGGGUCAGUUAGGUCGCAUUCACAACCUGGGACUCGUACCGCGCCUUCGCCUGUUUUAUUGCAAGGGACUGGUCAUCCGGCUUUGGGCGCCAAUGGACUUGGAGCAUAUCAACCAUCGCGACAGCACACUAGCGGAGUUGCUAUCCCGAAUUUUAUUCCAGAUGAGGCCACUGAGCAAGGAUAUGAGUCGAGGCGUACUGCAACCACUCCACCCGAGCUUAGCACGCCGAAGGAGUAUGUUGGUUAUUACGUCAAUGAGCCACAAAACACAUCUUCUCGUAAAGAUAUACCUCUACCGAUACCUGCGUUUGGAGACUUGUCGGGAAAUAGACGCCGGCUGUCAACCGAUCAACUGCCGCAAUCAAUUCAUGAUCGGAUUAAGCGUAAUCCUUCAAGGUCGCCUUCCCCCCUUGGUAAUGAUAGGCAUUUCUCACUAGCUCAAUCUGCACCAGCUCAGCAUACGAUGUCGAGUUCCAAUCUCCGUAUCUUGAACAAUAAUGGGCCUUUGGUGGUAAACGGCUCUUCCACAGGGGGUCCUGGUUUGACUCAUGAAACUACGGCUGCGAAUGUGGGCCCAGUCUCUGGAGAUAGAUAUUAUCACACAACGGGAUCCGUUGGAUCAAUAUCUCAAGCCUCCGUUACUGAGAGUGAUAUCUCAUUGGGGGAAGAUCUUUCUGGGCAACUUACACCGAGGGAUCCGAGAAACGCUCCGAACGGGAUUUCUCCUUUGGUUGUCAACGGAUCCAGUGCAAUUUUGCCCGCCACAAACGGCACUAUUAGCCAUCAGCCCGUCUCUACAAAUGGGCCGCCAAUUGCGGACAAUCUCGACGGGUCCUCACGAUUGUCACCCAGUUCUAGGAAUAAACUCGCUCGCCAAAAUGGCGGUAUGUCACCUCUCGACAUAACGGGUAGCCAUAAUGAUAUCAUCCCAAAUGGAUUUAACCAUCUUUCACCCGUAUAUGAAUCGCACACACCUUCACCGACGAUCAACAGGAAGCUCGAGAAUCUCAAGUUUAAUGGGCCUGCUGUUUCGGAGAAAACCAAUGUCGAGCAUCCAAAGACAAGUUUAAAGCAUUCAGUAGGAACCGAACAACCGGCCAAACAAUUCACAUCCAGUUUGAAACAAAACGGACAUACUAGGGCUGCUAAGAGCGAGGGUAGUGGAUUCGGAGUAUCCUCAGGAAGCUGGCAAAAACCUAAGGGCAAAAAAGGACGAGGUCCUCCUGAGGCUAAGACUGCCAAUGGUGGCAAUGCUCACGGCGAAAAGCUCCCAGUCAACGAGAGCGAACGCAAAGGUGGUUAA